AUGAUAGAUAAGAGCGUUUCCAAGAGGGGAGAAUAUCACGGACCUGUAACUAGAGAGACGAGUCCAAGUAACACUUUAGGACUAUACCAUCAAUUUAACGAUGAGAGAAACCCCAAGUACCGAACGAUGAUUGCUGAACUGCAUGAGUUUUUUCGCCUUACUUUGAGUGAAACUAUAACCGAAACUGACAUGAAAGAAUUGGAAUUUAAUAAAGAAAAGGCCGCUAAAUUUAGAAAGCUAAUGCCCAGAAUGUUGAAUAAUUGUCGUGAACUAACGCAAAGAAAAUCAUACAUUCCUUACAACUCAGAAUUUAACGGAAAUGACGAGAAACAUAAGAAAUUUCAGCUGUUACAUCAACAUCAAAUCGUACUUAGCUUUCAAGAAUUUUGUAAUGAAUUAACAAACUUAAUAAUUGACGCACAUAUCCUCAACUUUUUGACCAAAUACAAUUAUUCUUAUGAAGCUAUACCUAAAAAUUGGACCUCGUUUUAUAAGCUAUUUGAGUACGUAAUGGGUACGCUUGGGCCUAUUAUAUCGUAUGUGCCGGCAAAUUAUCCUAUGAUAAGAAAAGAACUAGGAUUUGAGAACUUGACGGUAUUCCAGUAUUAUGAUUCCAAACUUUUCGAAUGUAUGAAGUCCCAUUUUGGAAAUAAAUUUCCUGUCCUCGUGACCGCUUCUAUUCAUCACUAUAUCCACAUGUUUCCAAUAACAAAUACGAUGUUAGAGAAGGAAAUUCCUAUGCUUCGUAUCAUGUCUAACUGUAAUUUUAGGGUGGAAGGUCUGAGUUCCAAAGAUUUCUAUAUGAAAACGCUCAGGGAAUAUUACGGCGAGGAAUCAAAUUUAGGGCCAAGGCUGGAAACUUUCAAGAAUUUUAAAGUGCUAUUAACGAGGAAUGCACUAUUAGCAUCGUUGUUUUUCCCUGAAUGGGUCAGUGACGCAAAUGACUUAUUCAUAAGCCAUUUACUGUUGAAUAAGAAGUCUAUUAGCGAGUACAUAGAAAUUGGGAAAAACACCUAUGAUGAAGAAAAGGAGCGAUAUUUGAAAACUGAGACGCGCUUUAGCUUAUUGAUGUUUAGGAAUGCUUUUGAAGCAAGAAAUAUGCUGUCAAAGUUCAAGGAAUUUUGUGAUGAUGCUAUUUCAGAAAAGUUACAAGCAGCAUAUGGACCAAGUCAUGAUACUGAGGGGCUGUUUGAUCAGGCAGUUCAGUUAGCUAAUGUUGAUCACCUUAAAAUAUACUCAGAUUCUAUUGAGUACCACUUAUGUGAUUUACUUGGAAGUACCAGCAAAGCCAUCGAACAAUACGUCAAAUAUUUUGAGUCACACUUAUUCAACCUUAUCAAAAAAAUAAAAACAACAAAGAAGGACUUAUCCAGAGACAUGAAAAUAAAGUUUCUUAACGAUAAUCUUCCCAUAUUGAGAUUGAAGUUUGUCAAUCUUCCCACAUUUCCUAAUUUUUUUGAAAGAUCAAUUUUCAGAAAGACGAUUUUACAAAGUGACCAAAAUUCCCCAUUUAUUAAGGAUAUAUUACCUAUUUACAAAGACAGUCUGAUGGAACUUUUCAAGGAAAGAAUCAUAACGAAUGUCUCACAAGAGGAUGAAAUGCGAUACCGAGAUCAAUAUCAACCUUACUUAUCGCAAUUCUUUCAGCCGGUAGAGGUCAUAGCAGAUUUGAGAAUCAAAUAUGCAUCAUUUUUGUCGUUUUAUGAGAAUAUUGAAGCUGCAGUAAAGUUCGGGAAGAAGUACAAUGAAAAUAACAAUAAUUCAUUCUUCCCCCUUAUUUUUGAUAGAGAAAGAAUUCCCAAAGUUUUUCAACAAUCCAACGAAGUUAAGAAGAACUUCAUCCUACCCCAAGAGAUGGAUGAUACAUGGAACAAAUUUCUCUGUAAAUACCAUCAGGAGAAUAAGGUGCAGGAUUCAGAUGCUUCCAAAAAAGAACUAUAUCCGAUGUGGAACUUACAUCAUUGUGAAGUGGAAUCGCCUUUCAUCACGCCAGAUGGAACUAAUCUAAUAUUUGAGUUGACCCUUUUCCAAACUUGUGUGCUGGUUUUAUUCAACGAAAGUGAUCAUUUGACCUUACAGAUCAUAUCAGAGCGAACAAAACUGGCGUACAAAGACUUGACUUUGAUCUUAAAGUCCUUUUUGAACUACAAAAUUCUGACAAGAGACAUUGACAACUUAUACAGUAUGAACGAGAGCUUCAAACCCGAUAUGAGGAAAGUGAAAAAUGGUAAACUACGUGUGGUCCUACCGAGAAACGCCUCUCUGCAAAACAGCAACGCGAGCAGUGCAAGAAGCAGCUCUGCGCACCACGAGGGAAGUAAUUCCCAAUGGACUCAAGAAUUACUAAAGGCAUGCAUAACCAGAUCCGUUAAGAGCGAGAGUAAUGGUCUCGACUACGAACAUUUAUUCGAAACGGUAAAGCAGCAAAUAAAAGGCUUCAGUGUGGGUGAGUUCAAAGAUGCCUUGGCCAAACUGUUACGAGACAAAUUCAUAACUAAGGACGAAUCAACAGGUACAUACAAAUACUGA